AUGGAAUCUGACCCUGCGGUUACCAGUACAGUCAAUGAGUCAGACUUGAGUUAUUCCGAUUCCCCCAGUGAAAAGACAGAGGUUUCCGUUUCAGCAAAGCCUCAUUGGAGAUUUUGUUCAGUACAAACGGCAAAUCCGCCCCACUUUUCCGAAAGUGAAACUCCACCAACAUCUGUACAUGAAUUCGAAAUUCCAGAACUUGAGUUUGAUGACGAAAUACCAGAUCUUGAAGGAGAUCUAGGUAACCAAUUACUACUUGUCUUGCACACAUUAUCCCUCCCCUCUUGCGUACCAUACUUGCUACUCAAUUGUCAUUCAUUGAAACGAAGUUCUCUCUCAUGUUCGUUAAGAAUCCCUAUCAUUUUUAUUCUUUCGGCUUGUCAUCCAUUUUGGGACAUGGAGUAUGAUGACGAAUUCGAUGUACCGAUGACUCCCGAUGGAUUAAUUGACGAAGACUUUGAACGCGAACUGGGUUGGUAUGAAAAGUGGUUGGAUUGGCCUGAAAGUAGUUUCAACCGUUGUCUUGGUGAUCAACUUUCCUCUGAAACCUUGGUAGCGAACUUAGAACUUUCAAUUCAAGAAGUGAUAGACUCAGAAUUUCGCGAUAUCUCUCGACUGGGUAUUAUCCAGGUUGGCGUCUCCGAUCACGAUGGACGAAGUGUCUUCGCCUUUUUCACCUGUCGCCUCCCCCACACCGAACUCAUCGAUCAUGAUCGGUUCUUCAAGAAGAACCUCAAAUCGCUCAUCAUCGUCUAUCCAACUCGAACUGUUCGUGUGCUCUGGAACUUAUUCAGUGCUUUUAUCAGGCAGUCCAAAGUAAAUCGAGACUAUUCUGUUUGGGUUGCAAAUUACAUUUACUUUUUCACAUCUCCUCUUGCUCCUACGACUAUGUCCACACUUACUUCUGCCUCUAUGGAUGAUGCUUGA